AUGGCUUCAGCAACAUGCCAAUGCGGAAAGGUGGCGAUUCAAUUCACCAGCAGCAAGCCUAGAGUUUCUACCGAGUGCUGCUGUGAUUCCUGUUUCAAUCGAGUGGGGUUUCUCGCGGAUCGAAGAAGAAGAGGUUCAUCGUCACCCGAAGAUACCAGCAACAGCGGGAAACCCAUUGUCAACAUGAAAUGGGACAACCGUGUCACAAUUGUCAGGGGACGAGACCAACUGUUUGCCUACAAGUUGACGCCAGAAACCAAAGUAUUCAAUAUUGCCACCAAAUGUUGUCACUCAUUCUUGUUCGGCCGCAAUGAUACCUAUGAUGCCCACUGCUUGACAACCAACGAAGCGGAUCUAGUGUGGGGAGACCAGUACCAACGGAUCCAGCCAUCUUCUAGAUGGUUCGUGAACCAAUGGACUGAUGCGCGUCGAGCCACGUUGGAGCCUCUCAUGGGAAUAUGGGUAGAUUCAGAAGGGAAUCUAGACGGAGAGAAAGGGUGGGAAGCAGUAUUUGAGAAUCACCUUGCAGCCAUGAAUGCACCCAUCCUAAAAGACGCUGUAGGAGAAACCUUUGAUGAGAUUCUCCAAUCACUGGGGCGCAUUGAGAUUGUUUCGGAGCUCGAUAAGUAG